GGACAUGUCAGGGGUGCACGCGGGGGGUUGAUGGGGACACCGAGGAUGCAGGGACACGCUGGAGACAAGCGCUGGGAGCACGUGGGGACUUGCGUGGGAUACAGAGGGGACAUGUGGGACGUGGGGACAGACACGGGACACGAACAAGACAGAAUGCACACAGGGGACAUUGGAACAUGCGGGGCUCAAGUAGGGGAAAGGGCACGGCAGGCACGUGGGAACAAGACGGCACAGGCGGGCACGGGACACGGGAGUCACGGGAAACCCGGACCGGACCUUCAGGAAACGCAACACUGGAGCCACGGCACACGCAGGGGACAGACAGGGGUCAUUCCUGGGACACAAAGGACCCAGACAGGGAACAGUGAGGAGGUGCAGAGGCAGGGGCUGAGGUGCCACCCACAGCGGGGCCAGCGCUGUGAAUACUCCUGAUGUGCACAUCCCAUGAGCAGCGCAGGAAGCCGGAGUGGGCAGCACAGUGACCUUUGGAGCGGGGAGGUCCCUCCAAGGUGUCCCCACGUGGCAGGAGGUGCAGAGCCAGGACAUGACCAGCAGCGGGUCCCCGGCCACCCCGCAGUGUCCACCGGGCACCCCUGUGGCUGGAGACAGCACACAGAAUUUUGGGGAGAGAUGGUGUGACAAACACACUGGGGUCUCUGGGAGGCUCCAGCCUGGCUCCAGGGGCUGCAGAGCCACCCCACGAGGGUGACCUUUGCCUUUCCGCCACGUUGCCACGGUAGUGGCCAGGGAGGGAGGCGUGCAGGAGGGUACCUCUGAAAUGCGGAUAGAAAAACUCUAUAACUCGCAGAGUUGUUAUAAGAGCAGGUAUGAAUUUAUUCAGGGCUGAGGUGCAUGGGGGAUGGCUCCUCCGAAAGCAUGCACGCUUUUGAGAUUUGGCUUUUUCUUUUUAUCUUCUACAAACUAGGGUUGCACAAUUCAUCUCAUACAUAUUCAUUUCCUAACCCCGCCUUGUCUUUGCUUCAUAUUAAAAUGACUCCUCGCCCCUCUGCAGCUGCGCACUGCUCAUUUUUGGUCAGUUCAGUGGUCGUCUGGGGGUCUCUGGGAUGAGGUCAGCAAUUUUCUCCUUGGCUGAACUUUCACCUUGUCUUCUCGCACAUGCUCCUUUCAGUCCUUUGACCACCUUUCGGACUUUGAUACUGUUCCUUCUGGCUUAGGGGUCCAAAGAAUCCCCUUCUCCUGUGGUGCCUUUGUCCUUGCAUUCUGUUUGUGUAUUCUAGCUCUUUAUCUUAUCCUGCAGUCUCACACUUUUCUUGCUCUUGUGGGAGCAGUAUAGGUUUUUGUCAGCUCCCUCUCUUCUGGUCAAGCAUUUAUUUAUGCUUAAUUCCUAAUUCUUAAUUUCUCUGUUUCACCUCCCAUAAAAGCCCAGCAGCACCCCGAACCUGUUACUGUACCUAAAUACAACCCUGACCCGUGGGAUGUCACCACUGGUUGUCAGCCACCGUGUCACGUUCUGGCGGCUGUGCCUCAGUUUCCCCGGGAACCUCCCGGAGUUUCUAAGUGCCUAUUGGCGCAUCCCUGAGUUUGGAAGGGCUGAACCCCUAAUCCUUGUGCUCCAGAUGGCUGCCUCCAGACCUGCAUCACCAGCGACAGCUGGAAAGGGCGGCUGUGGGUCCCGUUUUGCUGGGUGCCCGCGGAAGCCGCACUUUGCGGUUCCAGGGCUGCGGCGCUCGGCGGAGCCCGGGCGGGCAGGGCGGGGGGGCAGGGCCGCUCCCGGGCACCGCCGCUCCCGCCCGCGCCGCUGGUGUAGUGGUAUCAUGCAAGAUUCCCAUUCUUGCGACCCGGGUUCGAUUCCCGGGCGGCGCACAGCUCUUUUUUUUUCCUUCCUCCCGCUUUUUCCCCUCCCCGCCGUGGGAAGCUCCACCCGCGGCGCGGGGCGGUGCCGGGAGCUGGAGUUCCCCGGGCCGGCCAUGCAGGUGCCGGCGGCGGCGGAGCGGAACAAGGGCCCGAUCCUGGCGGUGCUGCGGGAGUGCGCGGGGCGCGGCGGGGCCGCGCUGCGGGUGCUGGAGGUGGCCGCGGGCUCGGGGCUCCACGCAGCGCAUUUCGCUCGGGCGCUGCCCCAGGCGCUCUGGCAGCCCUCGGACAUCGACCCCCAGGCUCUGCGCAGCAUCGCUGCCUAUGUGGAGGCCACGCAGCUGCCCAACCUGCUGCCCCCCAUCCUGCUGGAUGUGUCAAAGGGCUGGGAGACCUGGGGGGGCACCCAGCCCGCCACCCUCGACCUCCUCGUCAGCAUCAACAUGAUUCACAUCACAGAGCUGCGGUGCACCGAGGGCCUGUUCAAGGGUGCCGGGGUGCUGCUGAAGCCCGGAGCCCUACGCCGUGGACGGACAGAUCAGCCCCCAGAGCAACGUGGACUUCGACCGCAGCCUGAGGCAGAGCAAUCCCGCCUGGGGGCUGCGGGACACGGCGCUGCUGCGGGAGCUGGCCGAGGCCAACGGGCUGUGCCUGGAGAGGAUGGUGGACAUGCCGGCCAACAACAAGAGCCUGAUCUUCCGCAAGCUGUAACUGCCCUGACAGCGCUUCCAGCGCCUCCCGGCGCUGCUGUCCCCACUGAUGCCUCCUGCAGGGGUGGCACUGUCCCACCGUGGCUGGGGACAGCAGUGAUGGGACGGAGCCCCAUGCACCCCAGCUGGGGCUGACUUGGCUGGGGGGGUCCAUCUCCCCUGGUGCCUUUGGGGCUGUCUUUGCAGAGGGGUGGCACAGGAGCCAGCACAGCUGCCACGGGGGACACAGGUGUGGGGGAGGGGACACAACACCUCUGGGCAUGGCGGAGACUCCUUGCUCCAUUUCCUCGGAGGAUGCUGUGCUGAUGGUGUCCCCCUUCCCUCCCUCCCCAGGACUGUGCUGCUGCCCCCCAAUAAACUCUGUGGCUUUGCCCUCCA